AGAGGGAGCAAGAAAGGAACCCAGGACCGAGCGCCGACCCGACCGCUUCAACCGGCUUGUUUCUUGUUUAUUCAAUCUUUGUGCUGCGAACUGCGAAGAGUUAUAUGAUAAUAAAAACUUUCCGAUCCGACUGUCUUAUUUUAGUGGAGUGUUAUUUCAAAUUAUCCCGGUUGAAAUUCGAAACAGUUAUUGAACAUAUACACACUGAUUGGUGUUAAUUGCAAUUUGCAAUCAAGUGUAAAAAUGGCUUUGUCAAUUUUUAGGAAUUGUGUUAAAAUUGGUGCAAAUGUCAGCCAGAGAAGCGUUGCGUUCGAUGGCGUUCUUAAGAAUAAUGUUAAAACUAUGACAUGUAAGUGCGUACCCACAGCAGCGGCGAAUUUUAAUAAUUACGGCCAUGUUAGAGAUUACAGUAGCAAACAUCAUAAACACACUCAUGCAGAAAGGAAAUACAACACCAGUUCCGAAUCGGACAGCGACCUAGAAUGGAUUGGACACAGGGGUGAAUCGGAGUUUUGGAGAAGAAAAAUCAGAACUUUCCAUUCUAUCCUGGAUCUGAAUAAAGACGGCGUCAUAUCCUACGACGAUUUUAAAAUUCUCUCUGACAGAUUCAUAAAUUUGGGCCACUUGCAAACAGAGCAAGUCAAAAAAUUCCAAUCUACACUCAAGAAUCUUUGGGAGAAGCAAUUUGGAGAAAUAUCCCCUUACAAUCUAGUUCCAGUAGAAAAAUAUUUAGACAAUAUGCAUCACGUUUUAAAUGAUAAGAGAUUAGUUAGGAAGGCCCAUUCGUUUUUACCUUAUCUUUUCAAGGCUGUGGAUAAAGAUAGAUCGGGCGAAAUAACAGUAGAAGAAUUCAAAUUGUUCUUCAACGUGUUAGGCCUCAACGAGGAAGAUGCCAUUCUGGCAUUUAGAGCCAUUGACUCGAACGGCGACGGAAAAAUUUCCCAAAAGGAGUUUGUCAAGCACGGCAGGGAUUUCUUCUUGACUGAAGAACAGGACAGGAUUAGCAAAUAUUUCUGGGGUCCCCUCGUUGAACACUAACUAGCCAUUUUUUUUUAUUGUUACUUGCGCAAUUAGAAUGUGUUUUUGGAGGAAGUAGGAUUUAAGAAGAGAAAUAAUAGAAUUUUGUGGGAGGUUGCAAAUUUUUAAAUGCUAAGUUUUAUGUUUUGAUUUAUUUUUGAUACACUUGAUUGAUUUGGUAAUUUUUUGUAUUUUUUUAUCGAAUUUUAAGAGUUUUUUUCAUGGAUUUCAUGGAGACAGUUAUAUCUCUAAAACAUUAAUCUAACAAUCUUUCCGGUGCAAGUUAAAAUUGUUUUUAAAGCAUGAACAAUAAUUAAAAAUUGGAGAGAAAUUAGAUAUUUAAAUCUUACACUUUCAAGAAACAACAUUAAUAUAAUCCUAUUUAAUAAUUAAAUUACUUGGUUAUAAAGUUAUUUUAGAAAUAAGAUUUUUUAAUAUGAGGACAACACAAAAGAGUCCCCAUUUUUUUUCCGAAAAUUAUAUAGAAAAAUAUUUUCAAGCUACAUAACAGAGUUAGUCAUUCUAUUUUUUAAUUUACAUAAAACGGAUGCAUUUUCUGUUAACUUUCUUAUAAGAACAUAUAUGAUAAGUGAAUAUGGUAACAUUCCUAAACUAGACUGACAUCACUGCUGCGUUCAUAACGCAGUAAUUUUUGAUAACGAAUAUUUUACCAUUUUAUUUGAAUUCAUUUUGUUGCCAUUUUUUGGUAAUUUUACAAUAUUUGUAUAGGUAUUUUUAGUAAAUAUAUAACUGAAACCUUAA